AUGGAAUCAGUUCUUAACGUACAAUCCCCUGUCAUCUUUGAUGAAUCUGUCUCGCAUUAUGAGGUUCAUGUACAUCAACCCUAUACCUCACUUGCAUUCAAUAAUAGUGAUGAAAUUCGGAUAGCUAUACAACAUCAAGAUUUGUGUGUUCUACCAUCAAAAAGUUCUCUACAUAUUUGUGGAAAGAUUACUAGACAGGAUGGACAAGCAGUACAACACACCCUUUUUGUGAACAAUGCUAUUAGUCAUCUCUUUGAAGAAAUUCGAUAUGAAAUGAAUGCCAUAGAGAUUGAUCGAUGUAAGAACGUUGCUGCUACAACCCUGAUGAAAGGUUACACAUCUUUCUCAACUAGUCAACUAAAGUAUCUUGAAAAUUCUGGCUGGACACCUAUUACUGACGUGGGAAAUAUAGCUGAUAAUAAUGAAAAAUCCAGAAAUGAUUUGAAUGCUGUUUUGCAAGAGGCUUUAAUGGUGGACGGGAGACCGACAUAUGAAGAAUUCAAAAUCGAGAUCAAUCGUAUAGAGUGGCUUAUGCCCUACCUCAUGCUGUCAGACCGACGAAAAAUACAACUAUUUAACUAUAUUCAAAAAGAUAUACCGAUUUCGAUGAGUUUUCGUUCAUGGGAGUUGUAUGAGUAUCCAGUACUUCCAACAACCACGCAACAUGUAUGGACUGUAAAAACAUCGAAUCAGCUAGAAAAACCACGUUUUAUCAUUCUCGGUUUUCAAACAGGGAGGAAAGGAGUACGAAGACAAAAUGCUAGUCAUUUUGAUCAUUGUAAUAUUAGUAAUGUCAAACUUUUCCUCAACUCUCAGAGCUAUCCAUAUGGAAAUCUGAAUCUUGAUAUUUUAAACAAUCAGUUUGCCAUGAUUUACGAUAUGUAUGCUAAUUUUCAGAAUGCGUAUUAUUCUGAUAGAAUUGUAAUAGAUUCCCUUGUAAGCAAAGAAGAUUUCAUUACAAAUGCUCCACUCAUAGUUAUCGACUGCUCAAAACAAAACGAGUCACUCAAACAGGCAGCUGUAGACGUACGUCUUGAAUUUGAAUGUAAGCGUAAUAUACCUGUGGACACUACAGCGUAUUGUCUAAUUCUACAUGAUCGCAUUGUCAAGUAUAAUCCUAUAAGUGGUGAUAUUAAGAAACUUGUUUGA